AUGCCGGAGGAGGAAGAACGAGAGAAAUUAGCCAAAGUCAUCAGACAGUGGAACAACAACAGACUGGACUUGUUUGAAAUAAGUCAACCUGAUAAGAACCUAGAGUUUCAUGGGGUGAUGCGCUUCUACUUUGAGGAUCAUGUUGGAGGAAAUGUGGCCACAAAGUGCCUGCGUGUGUGCAGCAACUCUCCAACUCAUGAGGUUAUCGAAACCCUUUCAGAGAAGUUCAGGCCUGAUAUGAAAAUGCUGAGUACUAGUUAUUCCUUAUAUGAGAUCCACGCUAAUAAAGAACGUAAACUGGAUGUGGACGAGAGGCCUUUGGUUGUACAAUUAAACUGGAACACAGACAACAGAGAAGGUCGUUUUGUGCUCAAGAAAGAUGAGGAGAGUUUGGAGGGAAACUGUCACGAGAAGGAAAAAGGAGGCGUGAUCCAAAGCUUCAAGAGGACACUGUCAAGAAAAGACAAGAAGAAAGAGAAGAAUAAAACAAAAGCGGCUGACAGGGUUUCAGAGGAUGAGAAUGGGUCAAAUGAAAAGCUACUGAAUAACAACAACAGAUUUUGUGUGUCUAACCAUGAGACUAAAAAGAGCUGCACUGAGAACGAAAAUCAACAGAAGCAAGCUGCCGCAGGUAAAUCAUCUGGUUUUUUUUUUCCAGACUUCUCUGAUCAACCUGGAUUACCAGUUGGAAUUAAAUUCUGUGAUAACGCUGAGGAAGCCUUCCUGUCUGCAGUCAUAAAUUACACCAACAGCUCCACAGUUCAUUUCAAGCUCUCACCUGCAUACAUCCUCUAUGCUGUGGGACGCUUUGCUCUGCAACGCCAUUACAGGCGAGGCUCUCCACCCUCAGGGCUGACACGUAGUGCAUCAUCGAUAACAAACAAAAUGGUGACCAUGACGGGGGAGGUCAUCCAGAGGCAGCAGACCAUCGCCGGGGCCCUCACCUUCUGGAUGGCCAACUCCUCUGAGCUGCUGAACUUCCUCAAGCAUGACAAAGACCUCAGCUCACUUACACAGCAAAGUCAGCUGGAUUUGUCUCACAUGGUGCACAAAGCCUACAGCUAUCUGCUACAGUGUCUACAGAAUGAGUUGAGGAAGCACUUGCCAACUUUUUUGAUUGAUCCUGAGCAACAUGGUGCACUGCCAGCUGGUAUUGAGAUGGUGCUGAACACCUUGAUGAACACUAUGUCACUUUUACGCCGAUGUCGAGUCAACCCUGCCCUGACCAUCCAGGUCUUCUCCCAACUCUUCCAUUUCAUCAGUGCCUGGCUCUUCAACAAACUCAUGUGCCAAGAGCCCAGCACUCCGGGCCUGCGCUCGCACUACUGGGGAGCUGCUCUCCGCCAGAGGCUCACAGCCAUCGAAGCCUGGGCGGAGAGGCAGGGCCUGGAGCUGGCUGCUGACUGCCACCUUGGACACAUCAUCCAGGCAACCAUGCUCCUGACCAUGAACAAGUACUCAACACAAGACGUGAAGGCCAUCCAGAAUUCCUGUUUCAAGUUGAACUCACUGCAGCUGCAGACGUUACUAUCUGGCUACCUUUAUGCAACCAAUGAGCCUCACAUCCCCCCUGAUUUGAUCGAUGCUGUAGUGACGGCUGCGGAGGCCUCGGCAGAUAACCUGAUUCGAAGCGAAGGACGGGACAUCCAGCUGGAGGAGAGCCUCAACCUCCACCUGCCCUUCCUGCUGCCAGAGGGAGGAUACUCCUGUGACACUGUGAGAGGAAUCCCUCCAGGGUUUAGGGAGUUUUUGGAGCCAAUUUGCCGGAAAGGUCUCUGCUCUUUAACAUGCCAGCCAAACUCCAAAGGUGACUGGACUGUGCACUUCAGUGAGCCAACUUCCUCUUCAGAGAGCACAUACAUGGAAGCACAGGGAGAGCCAGAGAUUGAGACUAUCAUACUGAACAAACCUCUGAACAGCGGGAUGGGCGUCAGCAUUGUAGCUGCAAAGGGAGCAGGGCAAGGACACCUCGGGAUUUAUAUCAAAUCUAUUGUCAAGGGAGGACCGGCUGAAAUGAACGGCAGGUUAACAGCUGGAGAUCAGCUGCUGAGUGUGGAUGGUCAAAGUCUGGUCGGCCUCAGCCAAGAAAGGGCAGCAGCCAUCAUGAUGCAAACCGGCCCCAUCGUGACCUUACAGGUUGCAAAGUUUGGAGCGAGCUACCACGGCUUGGGAGCUCUGCUGAGUGAACCGACCCCAGAAAAGACAACAGGUGAUAUAGGCCACCCUAAGCCAAACGGUAAAGCGCUCAUGCUGUACAGUGUUGUGGUCGCUGGUCCGUCAGAGCGGCUUCACGGAGGCAGCAGAAGGAAGAAAGAGCAAACGAUGCAGAGAAACAGACAACUUUAUCGCUCUAACCCCAACAUGACCGAUUAUUCCCCCGAGGAUGAAGACGAGCCUGUUGACUCUGUUGUGAGAGGGAGCAACAUGACUGCCGUCUCCAGUAUCAACCUUUCUACUGAUACAUUUCACAGGGAAUACUUGACACUUCCAAACCCUAAAUCCCAGGAUAAGAACUUGUCUGAAGCCAGUCGACCACAGCAAACAUUCAAAGUGUCUUUGAGGCCUUUAGAUGGACAGAGCUCCAGUAAGAGGACAUUCAUGCGCCAGGCUCUGUCACAGGAGAACCUGUGUGUGGACAGUGGAGGCCCCCUGCUGGACAAAAGGCAGAACAUGUGGGAGCAGAAGGAGCAGCAUGCAAAGCAAACCAUGAGCCACUAUUCAUCUUUCCCAAUCCGCUCGAGUGCUUCCACUCAUGACAUCCUCUCAGAUCAUUGUUCUCCUACAAAACAACAGCAGCAGAGCACCCGCACAAGUGGCGCCGGCGUCUGGAGAACUCCUUUCUCCCAACAUCCAACACCGACUCCCUCCAACCAGCCGAUACGCAUAGACAUCCCUGUAACCAGAGCAGUGACCACACACACAAAUCCUCCUCUCACCACCUUCCAGAGUUCAUCUUUGCUGGCAGCGAGGAUGAGCCAAACCCUUAACAGGAAUGGAAAUACAAACAGAGCAAUUCAUAUUUAUGCGUGUCCCAUCACUGCAGCCAAGAAGCUGCCUCAGGCCUCACUUCUGUCACCGCAGCAGAGAUCCACCACGCCCCGGGAUCAGGCUGCAAAACCCCAAGUGAGCAUCACUCCGACAAAACACGUCUCCUUCCAAGAACCUCCCACUCAGCAGAGGCAAAGCACGGGUCCAGCAAAACCCAAAGACCCCCAGGAGCUGUGUAACCCCUGGAGGAGGGAGGCCCAGGAGAAGCUGGAGGAGCAGCAGAGGCUCCAUGUGGUGGAGCUCCUGGAGCAGGAGGUGCAUGAGCUCCAGGGUAAAGCGAGGCGCACGGCGGAGGAGAACGACCGGCUCCGGAGGCUCAGCCUGGAGUGGCAGUUUCAGAAGAGGCUGCAGGAGGUUCAGCAGAGAGGAGAGGAUGAGGAGGAGGAAGAUGAGGAUUUGGACAUGAUGGUGACUUUGCAGCAGCUGGAGAAAAGAACACAGAGCAGGAGAAGCUCUGCUGGGAACAUUGAGUUGGAAAAGCAGGCAGGAACUCAUCUCUGCCAAAAAGAAGACAAGGCAAAGACGGAUCAAAGAGCGAGCGGACGGAGUCAAGACUUUAACAACAUGGCUUCAAAAGAAAACCAGGAGGAGAAAAUCAAGAGAGCGUCGGCUCCUGAAAAGCUCACGUUCAAGGAGCGUCAGCGUCUCUUCUCUCUGGCGUCCAGUGCAUAAAUGAAG